GGGGUAUUUCCAGCUUUGUGGCUUUCACUUCCACUUCGACCAGGUGGGCGGAGUGGCUUCUUGUGGACGAAUCAGAUUCCUCCUCAGCCCCAACUUCAAGAGGUGAGCCAGGGGUUCAGCGUCCCAGACACGCAGGCGGCGGCGGCAGCAGCAACAGCAGCAGGAGGCGUGGGGACGAUCAGAAGCCAGAGCCAUGGAAGACCAGCGCGACCUCAUCUCCAACCAUGAGCAGGUGCCCAUCUUGGGCCAGCGCCCUGGAGCCCCGGAGAGCAAGUGCAGCCGCGGAGCCCUGUACACAGGAUUUUCUGUCCUGGUGGCUCUGCUCCUGGCCGGCCAGGCCACCACCGCCUACUUCCUGUACCAGCAGCAGGGCCGGCUGGACAAGCUGACGGUCACCGCACAGAACCUGCAGCUGGAGAACCUGCGCAUGAAGCUGCCCAAGUCUGCCAAACCUUUGAGCAAGAUUCGGGUAGCCACCCCCAUGCUGAUGCAGGCACUGCCCAUGGAAGGCCUGGGGCCCAUGCAGAAUGCCACCAAGUACGGCAACAUGACUCAGGACCACGUGAUGCACCUGCUCCUGAAGGCUGACCCCCUGAAGGUGUACCCGCAGCUGAAAGGGAGCUUCCCAGAGAACCUGAAACACCUCAAGAACACCAUGGAGGGCCUGGACUGGAAGGUCUUUGAGAACUGGAUGCAUCAGUGGCUCUUGUUUGAAAUGAGCAAGAACUCACUGGAGGAGAAGCCCACUCAUGCUCCAACAAAAGUACUGACCAAGUGCCAGGAAGAGGUCAGCCACAUCCCCGCCAUCCACCCGGGCGUGUUCAAGCCCCAGUGCGACGAGAACGGCAACUAUAUGCCGCUCCAGUGCUAUGGGAGUACCGGCUACUGCUGGUGCGUCUUCCCCAACGGCACCGAGGUCCCCCACACCAGGAGCCGCGGGCACCAUAACUGCAGUGAGCCACUGGAAAGUGAGGAUCUGUCGUCUGGGCUGGGCAUUACCAAGCAGGAUCUGACCCCAGGCAUUUGAGAACAGCACAUGCAGCCACCAGCACCGAGCCAGCCCUGCACGGCCGCAGCUUCCUUGCUCCCUUCUGUCCCCCAACCCUAGCCCCUCUCCCCUUCCCUUACACCCCCCUGCUCCACCCGCCAUCACCCACCCUGCACCUCAUUCUAUGAGACUCCAGUGCCUGGUUCUCCAUCAUCCUCGGACACAAGAAAUCACCUCAGAACAGCACAGAUGAACAAUGCAGGAUGCCCAACACCUCAUCCAUCAGCAGAGACGCCAGGCCCAAGGAGGUGGAGCAAGAGCUAGGCUGACCUCCAUCUCUGACACCACAGUAGCCUCUAAUCUGGAGCUCCAAGACCUAGGCCCGUGGAUGAGGUGGGCAGGUGCAGGGAGAGGGGAUGACGCUGCCCCAAGCCCCAGGCCUGACACAUUUGCUGUCCCUUCCCUUCUGGCUUUUGGCCUCAGCUUUCCAGCCUAUUUAACUGGGGGAAUGAGCCACGCUUUCCCUCUCCCGCGCAUCACUUGGCCAGGAAAAACCAGCCUCUCCACCCACAACCCCUCCUUACUUUCUGCCAACCCCCAGUUCCCUCUGCUCAGCAGGCUUGUCACCAGCCCUCAGGGCCACAGCUCCCGUGAGAAUAAAAGGUAGUAAGUAGAA